CUUCUAAACCCUACUGAGUAGUCACUUGACAAGUGAAACCCUCGCCCCUCCGAGCUCUUCGAGCUUUUGUCCUUCAAUUUUUCAAACUAAUUUAUCGAUCAAUUUGGAAGAUAAAUCUCUAUCUGUAGCAUUAAUCAAACUAAUUUAUCGAAGUAAAUCAAGCUCGCAAUAUUGAGGUAAUAUUGGUCUUUUGUAGUUGAAAGAGGAACAAUCUGACCAACAUGUCGAUGUCUAAAGGUUCAAAGAUGCUUCAAUUCAUCAAUUACCGUAUGCGGGUAACUAUCCAAGAUGGGCGGCAAUUUGUUGGGAAAUUUAUGGCCUUUGACCGUCAUAUGAACCUUGUCCUUGGCGAUUGUGAGGAGUUUCGUAAGCUUCCUCCCACUAAAGGAAGCAAAACAAACCCUAACGAGGAGAGAGAAGAACGCCGUACCCUUGGCCUGCUCCUUCUUAGGGGCGAAGAAGUUAUUUCCAUGACUGUUGAAGGUCCUCCCCCUCCUGAAGAGUCACGUGCCAAGUCUGCAAAUGCAGCUGCUAUGCUUGGUCCUGGUCUAGGCCGAGCUGCUGGACGUGGUAUUCCUACUGCACCUCUUGUGCAGGCUCAGCCUGGUUUGGCAGGUCCCGUUCGUGGUGUGGGUGGCCCAGCUCCUGGCAUGAUGCAGCCUCAGAUCUCCCGACCACCAAUGCCAGCCCCUCAGCUCUCAGCUCCUGCAAUGUCUUACCCAGGCGCACCUGUGAUACGUCCACCAGGUCAGCAGAUUCCUGGAUUCCCACCUCCAGGUGGACCACCACAGAUGCCUCCUAGAGGUCCACCUCCUCAGAUGCCUCCCCCAGGUCAGUUCCCGCCUGGUUCCAGGCCUGGUACAGCUCCUCCAGGUCAUUUUCAAAUGCCUCCUCAGUAUGCCCAACGCCCUGGGAUGCCUGCUCCACCUCCUCCAAUGAUGCGCGGCCCACCACCUCCUCCCAGGCCUGGGAUGCCAGCGCCACCACCUCCUCGCCCAGGCAUGCCACCACCCCCUGGGGGACAGGUGCCUGGCUAUGGACCUCCUCGUCCGGGGAUGCCACCUCCUCCAAAUUCUCAACAGCCACCUCAGAACCAACAGUAGUUAAGCUUCUGGGAACUUUGGCAUUACAUGAUGGUACUGAAACUAUGGCCUAUAAACAUUUUGCUACGAUCAGCUUAGUUCUGACCUGGUUUUGCGAUGGAAGUACAGAGAAGGAAAUGGUUCUUUAGAGAGUGCGAGCAUCACUGAGCAUGCUCAUCGAAUGUGUGUAGAACGUUUGUUACGAUUUAAUAGAUAGUAGUAUUAGUGCAGCUUUGUCAAAAUUUCCUUAGAAAGGAACCGAUAUGUUUAUUCUUGUGACUUGUCUAUUUUCCUGAGGAAACCUUGCGAUUUCUUGCUGCUGGGACAUAAUUGAGUUCACUAUUAGUUAGCGUAACCACCUCCCAUCGCCCAUCGACUGGCCAUUUGGAGGCUGGAGAUCUGAGAUUUCUAUUGCUGUCUCAAAAAACAUUGACGAAAUACGAAAGACUACUGAUUUUCGCGUAGUCAAUAUUCAUUUCCAAUAGACCUGUUCCUAUCUUAUGCUUGUUUUAUUACUGAAGAGUACAGAAAUAAAUUUGAGCGUGCUUUGGAUGAAAAUUUGUUUCUAAAUAAAUUUGUACACUCUGUUCCAUUGUUUUCCAUUUUCGAAAAUAAUAGAUAUCCCCCCUUAUUCA